AUGUUAGUGAAUAAUGGUGCUUACUAUUUGAGGGAGGAAGGUGACUUAUGGUGGGCCCAAAGAAAGGAUGAGUUGCUGAAAAGACCAAACUUUGGGUGGGAUGAGUUCAAGGAAGCCUUGAGGGAGAAGUUUUACCCUACCUACCUAAGAAAGCAGAAAUGCGUGGAGUUUACCAACCUGAGAAUGGGGAGCAUGUUUAUCAAUGAAUACUACAACAAGUUCAUUGAGUUGAUAAGGAGGGACAACAAGGGGAACUUUGGAAAAGGGAAUGGGAGCCAAUUGACUAAUGCUAGAGGGAAUGGAAACCAAGCGGGUGAAAGACCCAAGAGGAAAUACAUAUGUAGGCGGUGUGAGAAAGACCACCUAGGGAAGGACUGUGAAGGGAAACUGGUAACUUGCCGUUAUUGUCAGAAAUUGGGACACCGUGAAUACGAGUGUUACAAGAAAGAGGUUGACGUUAAGUUAGGGAAGGUGAAAGACUCUAGUGUUCCUAGCAAACCAUCUCAGCCUAGUGGACCUACACCCAAGGUUAGAACUAAUAGCGUUGCGGGAGGUGCCCCAAAGGGUCGUGUGUUCGUGAUGAACACCCGUGAGGCUGAAACUGCUAAUGAUGUGGUAAUUGGUUUUUUCCUUAUAAGUUCUUUGCCUGUGAAAGUUUUAUUUGAUUUGGGGGCAUCCCAUUCCUUUAUUUCUAAGAGAAUAGCUGAAAGUCUCAGGUUAGUGAGUCCUGGGUCAGUUUCUCUAGAUGUGUCUAUUCCGUCUGGGGAAGUGAGGAAUUGUUCCAAGUUGUUUAAGAAUGUACCUAUUUCCAUUUCUAGGGUAGAAUUUCCGCUAGACUUGAUCGAGUUCGAUUUGAGGAAUCUCAAUGUGAUUCUGGGUAUGGAAUGGUUGGGAAAUAAAAAGGAAAGGAAAAGUUCAGGGUUGAGAAUUAUUUCUGCAAUGCAAUUACAGAAGAUGGUUAAGAAGGGUUGUCCUCUAUUUUUGUGUAGUGUUCAAGAAAUUGAAAGUAUGGAAAAGAAGGGUGAUGGAAGUAUCCUGUAG